AGCUCAUGAGAGGAGAGGAAAAGCAAAAAACAGAGACAAGAGGCAAAGCCGGUCCUUAUAGGAUUCCGACGUUAAAACCAUUGGAAGCUCCGAAACCAUGGUUAGCAAAGAGAACGAGGAUGAGCACGAGGCGGUGCUGACAGCUCCGCUUGCGUUGGAAGGGGGGUUGGCUGCGGAGUACCGGCAGCCUAACGUGCUCCAGCAGGUGUUUGGGCUUUUCCGAGGCAUUAGACCGGGAACUGAUCUCACAAAUUUUCAGCUUCCUCCUCUCUUCAACAUGCCAAAAUCACAACUCCAAUGCUACGGCGAAGCUGUGUACUGCAUUGGCGAGGACUACCUAAAAAAGUGUGCACGAGGAAAAAAUAAGUUUGACAGGUUCACUUCUGUUGUUGCUUGGUGUAUUUCAAGUGCACGCCCUCUCAUUUUUGGCUUGACUCCUUUCAAUCCUAUUCUUGGAGAGACCCAUCAUGUCUCUAGAGGAACUCUUAAUGUUUUUGUUGAACAGAUAUCUCAUCACCCUCCGGUAUCUGCUCUCCAUGCAACUGAUACAGAAGAAAACAUAGAGUUUAUAGCGUGUCAGAAUCCGCGUCCGAAGUUCUAUGGGACCGGUGUUGAAGCUGUAAUCCAUGGGAAGAGGCAGCUGAAGCUACUAAACUUCAAUGAGAGCUACGAAAUGGAAUCGCCAAACCUACUCAUAAAAAUACUUCCAUUUCCUAGUUCUGAUUGGACUGGAAAUGUCAGCAUACGAUGCAAGGAUUCAGGCCUGGAAGCAAACGUAUCCUUUGGUGAAAGCCGCUCAUUCUUUGGACUCAGAGGAAAUCCUCGGUCUGUCAAGGGUAAGAUUGUCAAUUCAAAGACUUCGAAGACAAUAUAUGAGAUUGAUGGCCAGUGGGAUAGAGUUGUUGAGUUGAAGGAUACUAAAAGUGGAAAAGGUCGAGUUCUAUAUGAUGCUAAAUUAGGCAUCACAAAACUCAAAACUCCUAGCGUCAAGGAUCCCAAGGGUUUGUGGGCAACUGAAUCAGCAGUUGUAUGGGCUGAAGUGAGCCAAGCAAUCCUGAAGAACGACUGGGGAAAAGCUAAGGAGGCGAAGAAAAAUAUUGAGGAAAGAGAGAGGAGGCUGAGGAGAGAGAGGAAUUCAAGAGGAGAAGCUUGGGUUUCAAAGCACUUUAGAGUGGCCACUACCAAGGAAGGAGACUGGGAUUGUUGGCCUAUAGAGCGCUUGGUGCCGCCAGCUCCUAUCGCAGUUUCCCCUUGAAUAUCGGACUGAUAUGGUACUUGGAAGUUCAGUCGCAUCAUCCGUACAAGUUACAUAUGUAUGUUUCAGCUAUUUUGUAUAAUGUUGUGUACAUUUAUAGUAUUUUGAAAUUAGUUGUUAUGGCAUCUCUCGGCUCAACUAAGAUCGAUCUGAUCUAGAGCCUGAGGGAAAUGUUUACUUCUGUUGCGCUAGGAGAGAACUCUUUUUCCUUCACCCCCACCCCAAUUGAGAACCUGCAAUGUGUGCAAGUACUGCUAUUCUUAAUAUUAUACACAGGCGCAC